GUAAGUGAUAUACGAGUACCCUGCACACGUCACUGAAAUUAACUGACCCAGGCAGUUGAAAAAAGCUGACGGACUUGUCAUUAUUUUCCGCAUCCGAGGAAUGUAUCUAAUCCUUUUAAAAAAUUGAUACAGGUUUAGAAUUAAAGCGGAUAAAAAUAAAAGACGAAAAUGACAACGGGCUUUAUACAGCUAUGGACGGGUUUGUUGUGUCUUACUCUCUGUUUCGGACAUGACAGUCGGAAUUCUUGUGCCAUGGACGCAGACACGUGUGAGUUUUAUCUUUAUGUGACGACAUGGUUACCGAUGAGGCGUGGUUUUAACCAAAAGGUCUAUAUUAAUGAAUCUGACGGAAACGUUUACAUCCACGGCGAUCAGUCAAGGACACCUGUGGACCCCGACGAUGUUGUACUCGCCGACGGAUCAAAGCAUGAACGAGUUUUGACCCUUUUUAAUAAAACAAUGCCGGGACCGACCCUGACAGUUUACAGGAAUCAGGAAGUUAUUGUUCACGUGACAAACCAUAUGCUGAGCGACGGAGUUACAAUCCACUUCCAUGGUAUAGAGAUGCGUGGUACACCCUGGAUGGAUGGAGCAGCUUUUAUUACACAGUGUCCGAUUUUACCUGGUCAGACAUUCUCGUACAGAUUUAGACCAAACCGUAAAGGAACAUAUUUCUAUCAUUCUCAUACCGGCGCUCAGACAAACAUGGGUUUGGUUGGGGCUUUUAUUGUUAAGGAAAAGAAACAGGAUGAAAUGAAGGAGUAUGUCAUGGUCGUGCAAGAUUAUAGCAAUCUGUAUGAUUCCGAUCGUUUAUAUACUGCUGGAGUAUUACUCGGCAUUUUUAGCCCGGACGGUGUACCGUUUUUCCCAUCAUAUGAAAGAAUUGAUGGUUCAAAUUCACCUUUGUUAGAAUUUACAUCUUCUUUGAUCAACGGCAGAGGAAGAGUACUGGAUCAGCAGGGUGGAAAAAUGACAAAAACUCCUUUGAGUACUUUCAAUGUUGAAAAAGGUCUGAAGUAUAAAUUCCGAAUCGUGGGCGGUGGGUAUGGUAUCCAACACAAACUGUCUGUUGAUGGACAUAAAUUAAAGGUAGUUGCCACAGACGGUAAUGAUAUUGAACCGAUAACUGCUGACUUUGUUAUCAUGCAUAGUGGAGAAAGAUUCGACAUUGUUAUUGAAGCCAGUGAAGCUGUAGGCAAUUACUGGAUCCGAGCAGAUACAUUACACAAGUCAAUAAAUCUAACCGGGUUAGCUAUUCUAAGGUAUGAAGGCGCCGUAGAAACUGACCCAGAGUCUGGUACUAACGAAUGCACAGAAAGUAGUCCGUGUACGGUUGUAAAUUGUCCUUUUGAAACAUUUCCAAACUGGAACUGCAUUACAUCCGAUAAAAUGCGGGCGCCAGACACGAGCGAUCCAGCACCUACAGCGAGCUCUGGGAAUUUUAAAGAAUUUUUUGUAAAUGUUGGUUAUGCUCUGUCGGAUAAUGGGGAAGUUUGGGGACACAUGGGUGGGAUUAGUCUUAAACUUCCAACAGUGUCUGCGUUAACGCAGCCAAUGGAAGUAACGGGAAUUUGUGAUAACUCCAACAGUUGCGGUCCUAAUAAAGUCUGUUUUUGCAAUCACCCCCUCGAUGUGAACUUUGGGGACAUUGUGCAGAUGACCUUUUAUAGCGCUGGAUUUUUAAAUAUUGUUCAUCACCCAAUACAUGUGCACGGAUAUUCUUUUCAUGUGGUAAAGGUCGGCUUUAAAGGAUCAAACGCAAACUUUACUGCUGAUAUCAAUUGUCCAUCUGGCCUAUGCUAUUCCGAUGCUUCUUGGGUCGAUCGUUCUUGGAAAGAAGGAAAUAUUCCGGACGUGGAUGUGACACGAUUACCGCGUAAGGAUACAGUUACUCUUCCUGCCGGUGGUUAUGUGGUCAUACGAUUUAUGGCAGACAAUCCUGGACUUUGGUUUAUUCAUUGUCAUCAAGAAAUGCAUAUGCAGAUUGGUAUGGGAUUAUUGCUGAACGAUUCCUUCCCACAAAUUCCGUCUCCACCCCCAGGUUUUCCAGAAUGUAGAAACUAUCCUCCGCCGACAAUUCUUAAACCGACGAGAAACAAUUCUGAUGAUUCAGACACAGCAGCAGCAACAACAACAACCGAAAGGACGUUUUCGCGUGAAGAAUUCUGGGGAAUGUUUGGAGCUAUGUUGUUUGUUGUUGUACUACAGUUUAUUCUGGCCAUGACAUGCAACCGAAGAAGCAGUCAAACAGUGAAAUUUUGAUUAUGCGUGACGUUCAGUAAAAUUUUGAGUAGGCUAAUAGCUAUUCAUA